CAAAGGUUGAGCGCUGGGGAGGAGAGAGGGGGGGCUCGCUCGGCCGAAAAAUAUUUUAUUUUACGUUUCCUCGCGCGUGCCAGCCUGAAACCGCGACCCCCGGACUUGAUUAUGUGCGCUAGAAGUCGUUAAAUGAGGGGAUGUCUGAGGAGGCUGUUCGCCAGACGCGCAGCCAGAAGAGGGCGCUGGAGAGGGAUGCUACUCCCCAGUCUAUAGAACCCUCCACUGCUGACAGUGAUAUCAAAAAGCCUAAACUGGACCCGCCUGAACCCACAGCACAGGCACAAACUAAACCUACAUCCAAGCCUGUACUGGCAGAGGAUGGUCAGAGCGAGACUAGGGACAGAUCAGAGGACGGGAAGGAUCAGGAGGAGGGGCAGAGUCGGUCGCCGAUACCUUUAGUGUCACCUUUGGCCUCUUUGCCGGCGAAGGAUGAUCAGGCGCGGACCCAGAAACAAAACACGGCUGAACCCAGCUCAGACAAUCGGACUGACAACAAUGACAGAGCCAGCAAGGUGAGGACAGAGCCAGCUAUGGAUACAAGGAGCAAGGCCCGGCUGACGGACCCGAAGGCGUCCGGCGGCAUGCUGGCCGCAGGGGAGGUGAAGGCCACCAUUAAAGUGGAAGUUCAGACGGGAGAGCAGCCCGUGGACAUGAGCACCUCCAGAGGCAGUAUAAAAAGGGAGAAGCGCCCUCCGUCCCCUGAAGAUGACGAUGUCAUCAUCUUGUCUGACAAUGACUCCCCCAGUCCACCGAUGAAUGGCCUGAGCCACUUUAAAGAGCUGGACACGGACCUGCUCAUGAAGAGCAGCCCAGCGGAGAGGGAGCGCAUCAUUAAGCAGCUGAAGGAGGAGCUGAGGCUGGAGGAGGCCAAGCUGGUGUUGCUGAAGAAGCUACGACAGAGCCAGAUACAGAGGGACACUCUCCAGAAGCCCUCAAGUAUGUCCGGCUCCUCUGCGCCUCCUCCUCUAAUCCGAGGAACAAUUACAAGCAAUAAAGGCUCUCAGCAGAUUUUGACGGGCAGAAGUUCAGGCACGGUCAUCCCUCCGCCGCUGGUGAGAGGAGGGCAGCAGGUGUCGUCCAAACAUGGCUCCCAGGUCAUAAUGCCGCCUCUGGUCAGAGGGGCACAGCCCAUGUCUGUAUCUCCACAGCAGAUCCAGGCUCUCCGCCAGCAGCAGCAGCAGCAGAUGGCUGCCUCUGGAAGCUCAGGACCUCCUCCUCUGCUGUUGGGCCCCAGGACCUCAAUCCCUGCAGGCCAGGGCCAGCGAGGCAUGGUCCAGCCAGGCCUCAUCAGAAUUGGCAGUAGUGCUAACACACUGGGCUCACCGUCCAGCUUGAAGGGCUCUUCCUCAGGCGGCAUGUCUGUGGUUAGCGUGAACGACUCUCCGGCCAGCCGCCAAGCUGCAGCUAAACUCGCCCUGAGGAAACAACUGGAGAAGACCCUCCUGGAGAUUCCCCCUCCCAAGCCCCCAGCCCCAGAGUUUAACUUCCUGCCCUCUGCAGCCAAUAAUGAGUUUAUCUACCUGGUGGGACUGGAAGAAGUGGUACAGAAUCUGCUGGAUACCAUCCACAGAGGAAAGACAGGUUUAGCACUGUCCAAGACCAUUGUCAAAGACCCCUUCAUCUGCACCCAGUGCAACACUGACUUCACCUGCCGCUGGAGGCAGGACAAGACGAAAGGCGAGGCAGUCCUCUGUGAACACUGCAUGUCCUCCAAUCAGAAAAAGGCUUUGAAAGCUGAGCAUACCAAUAGGCUGAAAGGUGCAUUUGUCAAAGCACUGCAACAAGAGCAGGAAAUAGAGCAGCGUAUUUUCCAGCAGACGUCCUCGCCCGUCUCCCACAGUAGCUCCUCGUCCUCGUCGUUGAAAGCAGAGCAGCUGGUGUCCCAGCAGCUGAAGCAGGCUCAUGCCAGAGCAUCCUCCCUCCAGCACCACCACCAGGCCAGCCGAGGAGCCAACAUGCUUCAGCAUCACUCGAUCAAGCAGAGCUCCCAGGGCCAGCAUUCCCACGGUGUCUCAUCGGUGGGGUUGAGGGGCGUCCACCACUCCUUCUCCUCCUCCUCCCAGCUGCAGAGUGCGGUGGCGGCCGCAGCUUUGGUCAGCCGGCCAGGUAAGCACGCCCAUGUUUCCCACCACUCUGUCCAGAGUUCAAAGGUGAGCAGCAGUGGACUCGGCGGCGGCAGGAUUGUCACCGGAGGUAGUGCCUCAGCCACUGCAUGGAAGAAGCAGAGCAACAGCAACACAGGAGUCACUAUGGCCUAUGUGAACCCCAGCCUGACAGGUCACAAGACGUCAGCCACCGUCGACGCUCGUCAGAGGGAGUACCUGCUGGACAUGAUCCCCUCUCGCUCAUCAAUCUCGCAGACUGCAAACACAUGGAAAUAAUUUAAACUGUACUCUACUACUCAUUGUUUGUUUUUGUCCAAGUUCCUGAGCUCCAAUAAUAUGGUCAACAGCAACCCCCGGAGGACUGUUAGCAAAUACAAUCUCCUAAAGUGAAGAAGCGUUCCUUUCUUUCCUUUUUGUAUGAUUGUUUUAGUUUUCUUAUUUUCUGUUGUUUAUUUUGAGAUUCGCUGUUCUUUGGUAAUUGUGCAGAAACCAUUUUGGUUUGACUGGGAAAAAGAAAAAAAAAACAAAUACUUGAAGGGCUUCCCCCUGGGUACUUGUG